CUUUUAUUACGAUUCAAAUUUGCAAUUCCUUCUCCAGGCACGCUUCACAUAUCCAGGAAUAGUCUCUGAAAAAGGUAAAGAAAAAACCAAGCAAAAAUCCAUGGCUUCCUUAUCGGUGGCCACCAUUUUAUCCCGUUUCUCUCUUUUGGGGUUUGCAUCAAGAUCUUCUUUAAACCCAUUAUUUAUCCCCGCCAAUAGUGCUAGAAUCGAGAGAUUGAAUCGGUUGAGACCCUUCUCCAUGGCUUCGUCUUCUAAAGAAUCUCCAGCUAACAAUCCCGGACUUCAUGCUACUCCAGAUGAUGCCACUAAAGGAUACAUCAUGCAACAGACUAUGUAUCGGAUUAAGGAUCCUAAAGUCAGUCUCGACUUCUAUUCUAGAGUUCUGGGGAUGUCAUUACUCAAGAGGCUGGAUUUCCCUGAAAUGAAGUUUAGCUUGUACUUUAUGGGUUAUGAGGAUCCUGCUUCUGCACCAGAAAACUCACUUGAUAGAACAGUGUGGACUUUUGGUCGAAAGGCUACGAUUGAGUUAACACACAACUGGGGUACUGAAAGUGACCCUGAAUUCAAAGGAUAUCAUAAUGGAAACUCAGAUCCUCGUGGCUUUGGACACAUUGGCAUAACUGUUGAUGACACAAUUAAGGCAUGUGAAAGAUUUGAACGCCUAGGUGUGGAAUUUGUUAAAAAACCAGAUGAUGGCAAGAUGAAAGGAAUUGCAUUUAUCAAGGAUCCUGAUGGCUACUGGAUUGAAAUCUUUGACCUCAAAACUAUUGGAAAGCUUACUUCUGACUUUGCUUGAGACCAUAUGAGCCUAUUUCUGGUAAGUUAAGGGCGGUUAUUAUUUCAAAUCAGUGCUUCCAUAGAUUGACUGGACCAAAUUGAUUCUAGCUACUGUCACGUCACUUUGUUGAGCUUGUGGGUCCAAGCAUCUCCAGACCAAAUAGGUUAUAUAGUACUAUGAUGUUGGUUUUGUAAUUAAAUGCAUGCAUAUGGAUGUGCAAAUAAAUGAAAUCAACAUACAGGAGUGCGCUAGAGUGCUUUGCAGUUCUGUGAUACCAUCUGAAUUGAAAUAGGCUUACAUACAUCUAGAUUUUGUCUGUGUAACUCUUGAUUUUGUCUCUCUCUUCUAUUCCAUCUUCAAGUUGGGCAUCACGAGGUUCUCGAGACAACUUGAUGCCGAUGAAUUCAGUUGAA